AUGAUGCCAACAAUAACCACUUUUCGCGAUCCACUUGAAGCUCCACUUCGUAAAUUAAGUGUUGAUCUUAUUAAAACAUACAAACAUAUCAAUGAAGUAUACUAUGCUAAAAAGAAAAAACGUAGUAAUAAUCAAGUGAUCGAAGAAAAUGGUUUACACAAGAAGGAGAAAAGAAACUUAAAUGAUGGAUAUGAUGAUGAAAAUCAUGAUUAUAUCGUGCGGCCAGGAGAAGUAUGGCUUGAACGAUAUACAAUUGAUUGUUUAAUUGGUAAAGGUAGUUUUGGACAGGUUGUCAAAGCAUUUGAUCAUACUGAUGGUGAAUAUGUAGCUAUAAAAAUAAUCAAAAAUAAGCGUCCAUUUCUAUCACAAGCUCAAAUUGAAGUACGUCUUCUUGAAUUAAUGAACCAGCAAGAUAUGGAUAAUAAUGGUUAUAUUGUUAAACUAAAACGACAUUUUACAUUUCGUAAUCAUUUAUGUCUUGUAUUUGAAUUAUUAUCCUAUAACUUAUAUGAUCUAUUACGAAAUACAAAUUUUCGUGGUGUAUCACUUAAUUUAACACGAAAAUUUGCUUUACAACUUCUAUCUGCAUUAUUAUUUCUUUCUCAACCUGAACUUAGUAUACUUCAUUGCGAUCUGAAACCUGAAAAUAUUCUUUUGGUUAAUCCAAAACGAUCUGCUAUUAAAAUUGUUGAUUUCGGUAGUUCUUGUCAAAUUGGUCAACGUCUCUAUCAAUAUAUUCAAAGUCGAUUUUAUCGCUCACCAGAAGUGUUACUUGGUAUUCCAUAUGACAUGGCAAUUGAUAUGUGGAGUCUUGGCUGUAUUCUUGUCGAGAUGCAUACAGGCGAGCCAUUAUUUAGUGGUACAAAUGAAUUUGAUCAAAUGAUGAAAAUUGUCGAAGUACUCGGCAUACCACCAACUCAUAUACUUGAACAAGGAACAAAAACCAAACGUUUCUUUGAUCGUCUACCUGAUAAUACAUGGAUACCACGCAAGAGUAAAGAAAGAAGGUAUCGAUCACCUGGUACACGUAAAUUACAUGAUAUUCUUGGUGUUGAUAUUGGCGGUCCAGGUAGUCGUCGGGCUGGUGAGGCAAAUCAUUCCGUAUCAGAUUAUAUUAAAUUUAAAGAACUUGUUCAACAAAUGCUUGAAUAUGAUCCAAAACGGCGUAUGUUACCAUUUAAUGCAUUACAAUCGAAUUUUUUCAAACGAGUUUAUGAUGAAACAUCAAAUGUUAGUCAUCCAACAACAACAACAACAACAACAGCAACAACUACAAAUAAUAAUAAUAAUAAUCCAUUGUCAAAUCUUAAUUCGAAUAGUUCACCUAAUCUUGAUCCAAACCAUCAGCAAGUAAAAAAUCCAGGACGAAAAAAUAUGAUUAUUACUAACAAUACAUUUUUUAAUAGCCUUCGAUAUCGUCAUUUAAUUGAAACAGUACAACCACCAAAUCUUUGGCAACCAACAGAUUCAUUUAUGCCUGGAAUUCCAAGACCAUAUCCUGCUCAACAAACAACAAAUACUAAUAGUUCUAUUUAUUUAACAAAUAGUUACCCAACUGAUUCAAUAGAUCUUGCUGCACCAAUAGAAUUUCAGUCAACGAACAGCUAUUAUCCAUCUCAGAGAACUCAUACAUCACCGUCCGGAACAACAUUUCCAUCAUUAUUUACAUAUGUUCCACAAAAUUUUAAUCAUCAUUUAACAUCAACUAUUGACGAUAAUUCUUUACUUAUACAAAAUCCUAGUUUGACUUGA